AUGUACUUUCCUCCAACAAUAUUGACAAUUGCUUCCCACAUCGCCGCUGCGCAUAUGACGAGGAAAGUUACUGCUACUGCUACUGCUGUUACGUUGCGCAUGCGCACAAAUAGAGAUGUCCAAUCUGCUCCGCCUGUCCUAGUGGACACUUUCCGUUACGUCAACUGGCGGAGUGGGAAAUUUCCAAUCUUUAAGUGUAUAUUAAGAAUGUGCAAUAGUUUAAUGAAAUCUACGAACUCUACGAAAAUAUCAUCAGCCAAUGAUUCCAUUCCUUCUCAUGGAAAGUACUUUCGAUGCGAUGCGAUGCGAUGCGAUACGAUGCGAUGCGAUGCGAUACGAUGCGAUACGAUGCGAUGCGAACGUUACGAGCAGAUGGGUGAAAGAGACGUGAAAGCGUAG